AUGCUGGUAUUACACACGCAUGUCCAAUUUCAGAAGCUUCAGCAGCUGCGCCUCACACAGUACCAUGGCGGGUCCUUACCGAACGUGAGCCAGCUGCGGAGCAGCGCGGCGGAGUUCCAGCCCUCCCUUCACCAGGCUGAUAGCGUGCGGGGGACCCGCCACCACGGGCUGGUAGAGAGACCAUCCAGGACCCGCUUCCACCCUCUCCAUCGAAGGUCCGGGGACAAGCCGGGACGACAAUUUGAUGGUAGUACUUUCGGAGCCAAUUACUCCUCACAGCCCCUGGAUGAGAGUUGGCCAAGGCAGCAACAUCCUUGGAAAGAAGAAAAGCACCCUGGAUUCAGGCUGACAUCUGCUCUUAACAGGACCAAUUCUGAUUCCGCUCUUCACACGAGUGCUCUGAGCGCCAAGCCCCAGGACCCCUAUGGAGGAGGGGGCCAGUCGGCCUGGCCUGCCCCAUACAUGGGUUUCUGUGAUGGUGAGAACGAUGUACAUGGGGAAGUGCUAUCUUUCCCGGGCCCAUUGAAAGAAGAGAAUCUGUUAAACGUUCCCAAGCCACUGCCAAAACAACUGUGGGAGACCAAGGAGAUUCAGUCCCUGUCAGGGCGCCCUCGAUCCUGUGAUGUUGGAGGCGGCAAUGGUUUUCCACACAACGGUCAGAACAUAGGCCUCUCACCCUUUCUGGGGACCCUGAACACCGGGGGGUCAUUGCCAGAUCUCACCAACCUCCACUACUCAACGCCCAUGCCAGCCUCCCUGGACACCAGUGACCAUGUCUUUGGUAGUAUGAGUGUGGGGAAUAGUGUGGGCAACCUGCCGGCUGCUAUGACUCAUCUGGGCAUAAGAAGCUCUUCCGGUCUCCAGGGUUCUCGGAGCAACCCCUCCAUCCAGGCCACGCUCAAUAAGACCGCACUCUCCUCCUCCCUGAACAGCCACCCGCAGACGUCCGCCCCCAGCGCCUCUGCUCUUCACCCUUCCCUCCGGCUCUUCUCCCUCAGCAACCCGUCUCUCUCCACCACAGCCCUGAGCGGCCCGUCCCGGAGGAGGCAGCCUCCCGUCAGCCCGCUCACGCUCUCUCCCGGCCCCGAAGCGCAGCAGGGUUUCAGCAGACAGCUCUCGGCCACCAGCCCCCUGAACCCCUAUCCUGCGGCGCAGAUGGUGUCCUCAGAUCGAAGCCCACUUUCCUUCCUGCCCACAGAAGCUCAAGCUCAAGUGUCCCCGCCACCCCCCUACCCCGCCCCCCAGAACCUCUCCCAGCCCCUCCUACAGCAGCCUCCUGCCCAGGAGCCUCCUGCUCAGCAGCCCCAGGCCGCCUCAUCCCUGCCUCCAUCCGGCUUCCCGCUCCUCACGGCCCAGGGUUCACCUUUGACCAGCUUCUUCCCAGAUGUGAGCUUUGACCAGCAGUCCAUGAGGCCAGGCCCAGCCUUCCCUCAACAGGUGCCUCUGGUGCAGCAAAGUCCCCGAGAACCGCAGGACUCGUUUCAUUUGAGACCAAACCUGUAUUCCAACUGCGGGGGUUUCCCCAACGCCAUCCUGACAGAAGACUCGAGUACCAGCCUGUUCAAAGACCUCAGCAGUGCGCUGGCGGGCAUGCCCGAGGUCGGCCUGAACAUGGACACUUCGUUUCCAUUGGAAGAAGAGCUCCAGAUUGAGCCCCUGAGCCUGGACGGACUCAACAUGUUAAGUGACUCCAGCAUGGGCCUGCUUGACCCCUCUGUGGAAGAGACGUUUCGAGCCGACCGACUGUGAGCAGACGGGAACGGGCCACGAGCAUUUCCUGCUGCAGGAGCAGCGGUGCGAGAACGACGUGGCUCAGAGCCAGCUGCCCCCAGGGCUUGCGUGAUCUCGGGCUCCGGACACGGAAGGAGCCAAGUCCGUGACUCCCCGCGCUCCAACGACGCCCCGUCUCGCACCCCGCGGCUCACUGCACACCGCGGAGCCGUGCCCUGCCCCUCGGGCGAGCGGGCUGCUCGGAGCUUCCGAUGACUCCCUCGUCACUGAGACCAGUACACCCUUUCCUUGGCCGUCUAGUCCGUCGAUGUGUAAAAGCAGAGCAGAACCGUGGAGCAGGCCGCAGCAGCGUUGUGAGGCGCUCGGAAGCACUGACCUUAGUCCACACUGAAGGGGGGCCUGGCCUGCGAGGCACGGAGGGGCUGCAGGCCUCGGGGGGUUGGCUCCGCUUCGAGCGACCGUAGCGCAGCACCGCGAGGCCUUCCCCGCUGCGCCGCUGACCACACGUGCCAGGAUCGCCCAGGUGCCUUAAUGCCAACAUGAAGAAUCUUUACCACGACUUCAAGAACUGAUUUGAGUUAAGCAAACUGAACGCUCAUUUGUUUUCUCCAAGUAUGUAAUCUCCUUUCUGCUGCUUCAGUACACCUUUUCCUGUGGACAAGGGGAAAAGGAGGACUGUUUUAUUCAGUCACUGAAAAAAAACCAAUGCCCCGGUGAUGGACGAGCGUGAAGAGAAAAGGGCUUCCUCUCGAUGGGGGGGCGGGAAGAGAGGAAGGCCGUAGGUUUCUCGCAGACCCACGAUGUCUUCCAGAUGCGCUCCAGACCAGCGCAGGCCUCCCUCUCCACAGGCCGGCCGCAGGGAUGCUGGGGUCCGAGUCAGGCCCUCCGGCCGCUGAGCAGUGGCAGGCGGGAGCUGUCUCUGUGCAGCAGGAGGGUUCGUGUAGCCCCGCUAGACCGGAAGCUCCUUGAGCGCAGGGACUGUGCCUUGUUGGCCACCAAACCCCGAGCACUUAACAAGUGCGGGCACUGGGUAGGUGCUGUGUUACUGCCCCCUGAAGGCGUGAAUGAGCAAACGGAGAAAUGAAUGAAUGAAUCUGCCCGGCUGCAAGGCAGUCUCAUCUCUAGCUAGCCCCAUUCCUUGCCAAAUCUCAGAGCUUUAGCUUUUCUAACACUUGUGCCUGUGGUUAAGCUAGGCAUGCACUUUAAUAUGCUUCUAACACUAGGUGACCAACUCCACGGCGAGACCGGGCCCCCGUCUCCUCAAGGGUAUGCUCCAGAACAGGCGGGUGGAAACUGUCUUCUGAGUGCAUCCAGAAUGGCUGGGCGCACUGAGGCCUCGGGGCUCCCAGCCAGGCCCCACCUCAAAAGAUCGUCCCUUUCAGAUCUGUGUUUUGCUCUAAAUUGCUUUUAAAAGAGAUUCAUUCUUUGAGGUUGAAGAAAACAUCUACAGUAAAAUGAAGGCCUAAUUCAUGAAGCCAUCAUUAGUCAUUAUUAGUACCUUAGCAUAAAAGAGUAUGACUGUAUUUCCACCACUGCUUGCCUCCUCUGACUUAGCCCCUGACCAGACACCUGCCGGGUGGGUUCGAAGAGCACCUCUGGGGAGGGGUCUGGGCAGUGGGGCAGGAUGUGGGCCCGGGAAGACAGGACGGGGAGGACAGGAGCGCUCAAGGGGAGAUGGAAGAUGCUGGAACUUUUGCCAGACAGCCACUGCCCUUCCAGAAGACACCAGGAGUGUGGCUGAAGGUCACUAGACUCCCCCGCCCAAAGAAGCAAGGCUCUACCGCGCAGGUCUGCAUCAGACACGUCGGCGCCCCACGGCAAGAAGAGUCUGGAACGGGAUUCUGGGCUGUUAACCUCUCCAGACCUCAUCCCAUUCCUGUCUCCAGAGAGAUCACUUUACCUCCAGUCUCGCAAAGAACCCCAAUGGCACACCACUGCAGCUUCCCCUGGGGCCCAAGUCCUCAGCCUCACAGUAGCCCCGAAUCUCUGCUGUUGAAUACAGCGGGGUCCUCGCCUGAGCUCCAAGCCCUGGUCCCAGUGAAAUUUUCAAAUCCCUUUAUCCUGAGGAUCUCGGGAGGGCCGUGACUCGUUCAAGUACAAGCCCUUUCCCUGUGGUGGUACACAGCUCCCUGGUGCACCGAAAGACGUCAGCUAGCUCCGUGCCGCCUUUCCUGGGUCAGAGACCCCCCAAAUCUGACCUGGCCUUUCACACAGGGAAUGGUGCUGAUGUUAGGAGUUUGGUUUUUUUUUUUUAAGUGGCAGUCCCAGCAUAACCCACUCGUUGCACAGUGCCUUACCCGGGGUGGGGGUCCAGCUCUGUCUGCACAGCAGUCCUGCUUACGGCAGGGGAGCAGGGGGCCAGGGACCUAUGCGAUGAAGUACGCUGCCCCCCCGGGGCAAUCUCCCGGUGACUCAUGGAAAUGGAGGCUCCCAGGAACAGUGACUUGUCCAGGGGGAAUAAUGACAAUAAGGUUUAGCACUGAAUUAAGUCUGUCCUUUGGUCCACCAGUCCAGUCUUUUCCUGUGAAAAGGUUUUGGGCAUUAUCCAACCCACUUGGCUUACAGGGCGUCAAGGACACCCGUGGGCAGGUGUCACUCUGACCUCCAGCGGGUAGGUCUGCCUUCACGGCUACCUUUGCAACAAACCAGGCGUGGUCCUUGGCAUCUGAAGCGGCUACGUGCGUCAGAAUAAACGAUCUUCCGCUAUUUAGUCUUGUUACAAGAAAUCGACAGCUGUACUACUCUCAUUUACUAGCAGUUAAACGGUAUAGAACUAAAAACCUAUCUGUAUUCCAUUUUUUCUUUCUGUACGGUUGUGGUUUUUAGGACACGCGGUGUUAGGAGAAAAUUUUUCUGAUCACGCCAAGACCACCAUAAAUUCUCCUCUGUCCUGUUUCAUUUCUCCUCAGUCUACUGUAUAUUAGCCGAGCUGAAGCCCCGUGUAUUCCAGCCCACCCGCAUAUCUGAAGACGUUUCCGACUCGCUCUCCUUGGCUCUGUGAUGCACAGGUGGUUCCUUCGCUCUGCGGUGGGACCAUCACGGCAACUAAUCAGACUUCCCGCCAGUGUCCUAACUCCCAGGUCCCUUGUUAAAAAAGAUAUUUAAAGAUCGGAAUUUGUAUAAAGUAGCUUCCAAGUUUUAUAAUACGUCGUUUUACAUCUUUCGUAAUUAAAAGCAGCACAAUAAGGUUGUA